AUGACUUUUGUCUUGCAACUAACAACUUUGACUCUGAGUGUUUGCUUGGUGAAGGAUGUGGCUGUUAAGCAACUUGAUAGGAAUGGGUUCCAAGGAAAUAGAGAGUUCCUUGUGGAGGUUUUGUUGUUGAGCCUUCUUCAUCACCCUAACCUUGUUACUUUGGAAGCAUACUGUUCAGACGGUGAUCAACGAGUAUUAGUAUAUGAGUUCAUGUCAAAUGGUUCACUAGAAGAUCAUCUUCUUGAGAUUGGUCCAGAACAAAAGCCACUUGAUUGGAUUACAAGGAUGAAAAUCGCGGAAGGAGCAGCAAAAGGACUUGAAUACUUGCACGAAACAGCUAAUCCUUCAGUAAUUUACCGCGAUUUUAAAGCAUCCAACAUACUUCUAGAUGAGAAAUUCAAUCCUAAGCUUUCUGAUUUUGGACUAGCUAAGCUAGGUCCAACUGGUGAUCAGACUCAUGUUUCCACCAGGGUCAUGGGAACCUACGGAUAUUGUGCACCGGAGUAUGCUUCCACCGGUCAAUUGACCACUAAAUCUGAUGUUUACAGCUUUGGAGUUGUCUUUUUGGAAAUAAUCACAGGAAGAAGAGUCAUUGAUAACUCAUUACCGAGCGAAGAACAGAACCUUGUUGUUUGGGCAACACCACUGUUCAGAGACAAGACGAAGUUUCACUUAAUGGCGGAUCCAUUGAUGGGAGGGGAUUAUCCAAUGAAGGCAUUGUACCAAGCACUAGCAAUAGCAGCAAUGUGCUUGCAAGAGGAAGCUAGCACACGGCCUUUGAUGAGCGACGUGGUGACUGCUUUGGAGUUUCUAUCAGGGAACAAGAAAGAAUUAGAUGCAGAGGACGAGGACGAAGAUGAGGAGAAGGUUACAGAGGAAACUUGCAAAUCCCCACCUGCAUUGCAAAGUUUUACGAGUAGACUUGAACGUGCAGAAAGUCACGAUACAAAUGGCAUUAGAGAAAGAGAUUAGAACCUUCUGUGCAUA